AGGGGGAUGUGGAACCCAGCACGGCAACGAAUCACGCAACAAAAGGAAGUGGGGCUCGACGCACUAAAUAUUUUUGUGUUGUAAAACGUGUAAAAAUUAACAAAAAUACGAGCUUGUUGUAAUUUAUUUGGAUCAUAAGAAGAAUUUAAACCAUGUCGACCAACAUGAAGUUAUAAAGCGAAAAGUUUGUUCUGAAUCCUAAGUUGUCGAGCUCUUCCCGGGUCCCUUUGGGGCCCAGGAAGAGGAUGCAUCGAGGUGGGGAUAAGGACUUCCAGAUAUCGGCACGGAAGAUGGGCACAUCCCUGCUUUUCCAGCUGUCGGCUCAUGAAAGAGAGCUGGAUUUGGUAUUUCUGGACCACAGCUAUGCCAAGCCGUGGAAUGCCCAUCCAGAUGCCAGCAGCGCCCGGCCCACAAGGACGCUGUUUGUUACCCCUCGUCGCCAGCCUGAGGCCUUGUCAGACCCUGAUUCAGCUCUGGAUGUGGAGACCGUGACACCGACGCCUGUUCCUCUGUAUGAUAAUCAGAAAGCUCUCAGUGUGAUGAAGGAGUGUGAGCGGCAUGUUCUGUUUGCUCGCACCGUCGCUGAGAGCCCUCCACCCCCCGAUGACUGGGAAGAACAUGUAAACAAGACUGGAUGGUCAGUGGUGCAGAACAAGCUGUUCAACAAAGUCCUUAAAGCUUUACAAGCUGAAAGACUUGCCCGUCUGGCCAAUGAAAAUGAAGAUCCUAUUGGCUGCUGCUCUGCUCCACCCCUGCUGAUGACCUCUAUCUGCAGGAACAAGUUUGAGUCAGUGGAAAUGAAAACUCUGGACACACAAGAUUUAAAUGUUGAACUUUGGCACAAUUCUUCUCAAUACAUGUGAAGUUGUGCAAGAAAUAAGUACUGUUAAAUAAUGAAUGUGUGGAGGAAUCAAUCAUUAUUAUUUCCAAGAAUGCAAAUAGCAAAUUGUAGUCACAAUCAAAUAAUAGUGAGUCUGUGAUAUUUCUCGAUUGAAGCUUGUUUUUCUUUGGUGUGUGCUUGAUUCUAAAUAUGAUUUGUCAUAACUAACAUCCUUUGACAUUGGACACAAGACAGUAAAGGCAGAGCUCAGAUCAGCCCAGCUAGAGUUUAUUAUUUCUUCCCAGAGACAGAGAUUGUCACCGCUUUUAAGGUUAAUAUUGUUCAAUCCAUUUCAAAACAAUACUCAUAAUGAAAUGUGUUUUAGCUGCCUCUAACAAAUAUACAUUUCCAUAACCCCUACCAAAUAAUGGGAUAAACGUCAUGUUCCCUCGUAAAAAAAAGCAAGUCUUUUAUGCUCAACUCAAGCAGUUGCAAGCACAGAUUUAAGGAUGAGGUGAUUACAAAUGGAAAGCUGAAAAAAAUAACUUAACAAGUGAGAUUGCUAAGUUUUAUGGCAAUGAUGAAACCUUAUGUGAAUACCCAUAGUGCAAUGCCUCGAACAUGUGUUUAACUGUGCUUCUUUCUAAAACAAACAUCCAGAAAACAGACAAUCGUUUUUCAUACAUUUGUUUAUUAGUUGGAAUUUUGUUUAGAGGACUAUUUAUUUUCACUGCAGUUGCUCUUUUUUUUGUCAUUUUUUACAACCAACAAAACAGGCAGUGUGUUCUGGUGAGAAGCCAGAGAGGGAUCACAUCUGCAUGUCUCUUCCUCAUCCCUCCCAUUAAUUACAUGGCACAUAAUCUCUUGGGCAUAGUGGCCGCCUCAUACCAUAUGUUGGACUGGGUACAGUUGGGUACCAUGUCCAACAUAUUAAAAAAUGAAAAUGUUUGUAUCUGUGCAUUUACAAAGCCAAGGGCAACACCAGUUGCAAGUACAGUCCAUGCAUUGACUGUUUCUCCAUGAAGACCCAACUAGAUGCCAGGUCUUGUCUGUGUCAUCCCGACAAUGUGUGAUUCCUAUUUGUGGAAAGAAUAACUGGUAAAUAGUGUAUAAAAUAUGUGUAUUUACUAUAAAUACCCUGAGUACAGUA